AUGGCCUCCAAAGUCCUCACUCCUCGCGACACCAACGCGCAAGUCAAGCCCGUGCCUUCACCAGAGAAGGGAUUGGAGAAGAAGGAUGCCAAAAGUCUCGACUACCACCGCCGAGUUCUGCAGUCGCGUCUUGACAGCGAGCCAGAGCAAAAGUUUGUUUCGCCGUCAGACGAAAUCAUGAGCCCCGCUACACAGAAGUUGCAGGCUUUCAAGACCAAACAUGCCAUGAAGAAGUCGAAGCCACAGACGCUGUUUAAGAAGACAAGCUCGAAGAACUUGGAGUCAAACAAGGGCAGCGGCACAUUGAUGUUCGCUGAUAUCCCCAAGAAGGAUGCGAAGGAGGAGGGCGCAUAG